AUGGACACUGCCACUAGUGCAAACCCAAAUGAAGGAGCCACAUUGGGCUCUUCGGAAAUAUCCAAAAUCGAAGCUAUACUUGACAAAAUUCUGCCAUAUAGGGACAUAAAUGUAGUAACCCUAAAGAGCGUAAGGAAAGACGUGGCGGAUUAUUUAAAUGUGGAUGAAUCGUACUUUUCGGAAAGCAAAGAAAAAAAAGAAUUACUGAAAAGUAUCUUGAAAGAAAAGUUAUUAAAAAUUUACCAGCAACAAAAAGAGGAGGAGACGACGGAUGAUAUUGGAAAUAGCGAAUACAACGACGAAGUGAAAAAGGGAGACUCCAAAGAGACAGUAAGCAAAAGUGCAAGCAAAAGAGCAAAGAAAAGCCCGAAAAAUAAAGACAAACAUGGAGAGAAGAAGAACUCCGAUAAUGAUGAGGAAGGAGACAACUACACCGAUGACAGCAUGGGGGAUAGUACAACGAAAUCAAAAAAAAAAAAUAAAAUAAAAAAAAAAAAAAAGAGAGAAUUAAAUUCUGACGAGGAUAAUCAAGUACCAAAGAAAAAGAAAAAAGGAAAGGAAAAAAAUGACGACGACGAUGAUGAAUAUGAUGAGGAUGAAGAAGACGAUGAACCAACUAAUUUCGAUUAUGAUACUCAAAAACGUAAAGCCAAUAAUGAGGAUGCUUCAAAAAAGAAAAAAAAGAACAUAAGCAACAGUGGAAAUAACAGUAAUAAAGGAAAAAAUGUGCAUAACACGAAGAAAGAAAAAUUAAAAAAAUUAGUUGUGGAUUUAAAAAUUGGACCCACUAUUUUUAAAGACUUAAAUAAAGAAGACGAAGAAGCAUACAAUAAAAAACUAGAACAGAGAAUAAUUGCGUUUUGCGAAAAAAAACACGUAUGCUCGGAAAGUGGAAGAUUACCCAGUCCGAAUGAAAUACAUGAGUACAGAAAAAAAAUUAAACUGAAGGAAGAAUUAGAUGGUAUUGACCCGUCCAACAUCCUCGACUCCAGCACAAGGGUAAGGAGAAGGAACCCCAACGCUUAUGUACCGCAGUCCUUUGCAGAGAUUGAUGAGGAGGAUGAGGAAGAGGAACAGGACGAAGAGGAAGAAGAUGAUGAUGACGAUGAAGAGGUCGAAGGAGCCGAUGAUGAUGCAGAAGAGGAGGAGCAGGAGGAGGAUGAAGAUGAAGAUGACGAAGAACAUGGAGAGGAUUCCGACGAAUAUGAGGAAGAUGAUGAGGACGAGGUGCAUAAAUCUAAAAAGAAAAAGUUUAUAAAAACAAUCAGCAAGAAGAAGACUCGUGUGCUGGAGGACGACGACUAA